CAAGGCAACGUCACCAGUCCUGGGCCGGGCCCGAAGCGCAGAGAAGAGGCCCCUCCGGUGAAGAUGGACAGCCCGCAACGACUAAUCCUCCCCACCGGACGGUCCCUGCAGCAUAGAUGGCCCGGAUCAGCUCACCCUAACUUUCCACUGAGGGGAGGACAUUUUUGGCAAUGGAGUCCAAACUGGGUCUAUUGUUCUGGCUUCUUCUUCUCCACCACCAGAGACCUUCUAUGAGCACAUCCUUUCGUAGAUCUACUUGUAUGCCUGGCUCAAUGGAAGAAUGCAUGAAAGCUAAAUUUGUCCCAGGCCAUACCCUGUUAGGAGAAGGCAUUAAUAUUGUCACCAUGGAGAAAACCAGCACUUUUCUUCUUGAUCUACAGGAGGUUGAAAAGGAAUGUACAAUAUGUCAUAACCCUUACACGGACACCUGGGAGAAACUACCCAAGGCAAUGGUGGACUGGAGACCUGAGCCUUCGUGUUCCACAAAUAUACAAAGUUCAGAGUCUCGCUCUGUAGUCUCAGUAGCUGAAGAAGCGACUUCUGAAGUGCAGAACGAUUGGAAAGUUGGUCUCAACUUGAAAUUUGUGGUGAAUGUAAAAACAGCGUUUGGAGGUUCUCACAGUCAGGUGGCCAAGUUUGCCGAAAGUAAAGCCGUCACUGACAAUUACAGCUUUCUGAGCCACAAGUUAGAAUGUGUCUUUUACAGUUUUAGCCUGAGUGAGCCACGUGCCUCUUUGACAUCUCAUUUUAAGGCAGCUUUGGAAGAACUGCCAGAGUCCUAUGAUAAGGUCAAAUACAGAAAACUGAUAGACAAAUAUGGCACGCACUAUACCACCCUUGUGAGAGCUGGCGGUCAGACCAAAGACGUGACUGCAGUGAGGACAUGUGAAGUGUCUAUGAGUGGUAUGAAGAUGGACGAGGUCAAGAAGUGCCUUACAGCUGAAGCCGAGAUUGGGAUAUUCGGAAGCUCAACCAGUUCCUCAUUUAAAAACUGCAAAAAUAAACUACAAGAAUCGGGAUAUAAGGGGGAUUUUUAUCAAGUAUUUAACGAAUAUACAUCGAGGGUGAUUGGAGGAAAAGUAACAUUUGAUCUUCUCUCACCUGCAAGAGCCACUCCUGAUGCUUAUAACAAAUGGAUGGAAAGCCUGAAAACCUACCCCGGUCUGGUCUCCUAUUCUGUAGAAUCCAUCCAUAACUUGGUGAAAAUAAAUGGUCCUAAGAAAGAGAAUCUCAGACUGGCCAUAAGUGAUUACAUCCAGGAGAAGGCUUCACCACAGAAGUGCUCUUGCCGAGAAGGCCAGGUUGUCACCAAAGGAGAUGACUGCUCCUGUGAAUGUAAAGCGUCUGGGUACACGGGAUCGAACUGCUGCCCAACACAUCGAGGAGCCGCCAGACUUAUCCUAACCAUCAAAUCUGCCACCGGUCUAAAAGGGGGUGACUUUGGAUCAAAGGCAGAUGGCUAUGUGAUAUUUAAAUUUGGUAGCAUUAAGAGACAAUCCUCAAAAAUAAAGAAUAAAAAAGAUCCCACAUGGAAUGAGAAACAUGAUUUGGGAUCUGUAGAGCUUAACCCCAUUAAAUCGUACACCAUAGAGGUUUGGGAUGAGGAUGUAAGAAAUGAUGACUUACUGGGAAAAUGUGAAAAAUCUCUGACUGCAGGUGACGUCACUGAAACCUGUUACCUGAAGAAAGGCCAUCUGACGUAUUCUCUAAGUGUUACUUGUGCCCAUCACCUCGCAGGGCGGUUUUGCCAGGAUUAUAUCCCAGUGCCCCCAAGGGUUUAGCCAAGGGACCGAUAUGCCCCUUAUCAUAAGAGCUUCUUCAGCCAUAUAUACCUCUCUUUGCUACUUAUUUAGA